GCAGAAAGCUGUUUAUUUUCUGUUACAUCACUUCGCUAGCCUUCGAAGACCGGUCCGUGCUCAGUGCUCAGUGUUUUCUGUGAAGUGAGUCGGCUCUCUUCCUCCAGCAGUUGGCUCGCUCCCAUCUCAGCACCUCGCAGGUCUCUUCCCCCAGCAGUGCGCUGCCUGAACGAGGAACAGCUCACGAAUCAGCUGGAGGUCCCUGUUUUGAAAGAGCAGAUACAGAAGCAGAGAAGGGUGGAACUCCUAUGUGACCUGUUCUUAGAGCGAGACAACCAGCAGCUGAAUUCCAGAAGCCCUUGUUCAUGUGUGGGGAUAUUCUCUCGACUGCAUGGAAUCAGAAAGCAGCAGAAGGAUGGGAAAUGCCUGCAUUCCCCUGAAAAGAAUUGCCUAUUUCCUAUGCCUCUUUUCUGUGGUUUUGCUGACUGAGGGGAAGAAACCAGCGAAGCCAAAAUGCCCUGCUGUGUGUACUUGUAGCAAAGAUAACGCUUUAUGUGAGAAUGCGAGAUCCAUUCCACGCACCGUUCCUCCUGAUGUUAUCUCACUAUCCUUUGUGAGAUCUGGUUUUACUGAAAUCUCAGAAGGGAGUUUCUUGUUCACACCAUCGCUGCAGCUCUUGUUAUUCACGUCGAACUCCUUUGAUGUGAUCAGUGACGAUGCUUUUAUUGGUCUUCCACACCUAGAAUAUUUAUUCAUAGAAAACAACAAUAUCAAGUCCAUUUCAAGACAUACUUUCCGGGGACUCAAGUCUCUGAUUCACUUGAGUCUUGCAAACAACAAUCUCCAGACACUCCCAAAAGACAUUUUCAAAGGCCUGGAUUCUUUAACAAAUGUGGACCUAAGAGGGAACUCAUUUAACUGUGACUGUAAGCUGAAGUGGCUGGUGGAAUGGCUCGGCCACACCAAUGCAACCGUGGAAGACAUCUACUGCGAAGGGCCACCGGAAUAUAAGAAACGUAAAAUCAAUAGCCUCUCCCCCAAGGAUUUUGACUGUAUCAUUACAGAAUUUGCAAAGUCCCAAGACCUGCCUUAUCAGUCACUGUCCAUAGAUACCUUUUCUUAUUUGAAUGAUGAAUAUGUAGUCAUUGCUCAGCCUUUUACUGGAAAAUGCAUUUUCCUGGAAUGGGACCAUGUGAAAGCUUCGAAUUAUGACAACAUUACAGGCACGUCCACUGUGGUGUGCAAGCCCAUAGUCAUUGACACUCAGCUCUAUGUCAUUGUGGCCCAGCUGUUUGGUGGCUCUCAUAUCUAUAAGCGAGAUGGCUUUGCAAACAAAUUCAUAAAAAUCCAAGAUAUUGAAGUUCUCAAAAUUCGAAAACCCAAUGACAUCGAAACAUUCAAGAUUGAAGACAACUGGUACUUUGUCGUUGCUGACAGUUCCAAAGCUGGCUUUACUACCAUUUACAAAUGGAAUGGAAACGGAUUCUACUCCCACCAAUCCUUACAUGCUUGGUACAGGGAUACUGAUGUGGAAUACCUAGAAAUAGCCAGACCACCAUUGACCCUCAGAACACCUCAUUUAAUCCUGUCCAGUAGUUCUCAGCGCCCUGUUAUUUACCAGUGGAGCAAAGCAACACAGUUAUUCAUUAACCAGACUGACAUUCCCAACAUGGAGGAUGUGUAUGCAGUGAAGCACUUCUCUGUGAAAGGUGAUGUGUACAUUUGCUUGACCAGAUUCAUCGGCGACUCCAAAGUCAUGAAGUGGGGCGGCUCCUCCUUCCAGGACAUUCAGAGGAUGCCAUCCCGAGGAUCCAUGGUGUUCCAGCCUCUUCAGAUAAAUAAUUACCAAUAUGCAAUUCUGGGAAGCGAUUACUCCUUUACUCAAGUGUAUAACUGGGAUGCAGAGAAAGCCAAGUUUGUGAAGUUUCAGGAGUUAAAUGUUCAGGCACCCAGAUCGUUCACGCACGUGUCCAUUAACAAGCGUAAUUUUCUCUUCGCUUCCAGUUUUAAGGGAAACACACAGAUUUACAAACACGUCAUAGUUGACUUAAGCGCAUGAGACACCAAAUUCCAUGGCUGCCAUCGGAAACUUUCUACAGUGCGUGUGACCUGGAUGAACUCAAUGCAUGAUGACUCUUCUUAUCACACUUGCGGAUGAAUUACCUUUCAACAUUGAGACUGCUAAAGCCAAUACUACUAGAAUCACCAUCCUUAACUGUCCAGUCCAGUGGUGUGGGAAGUUACCUUUUAUAAGACAAAGUUUCAUUACGUAACUGUUCUUUGCAGUGUAAAUAAGCGUUUAAUGGUAUCUGUUACUCCGAGAGGAAAUAUUCAUAUGUACUUUUCCAUUUAUUUAUUCACGCGUCCCGAAACAACUGCCAAAUAAAAUGUUUACACUUUCUUUCAUA